AUGGACUUCAGCUGGAAGGAAGCAAGACAGCUCUUUCCUAAUGAAUUGCACGACUUCGUUGACGAAUGCUACUCACCAGCCCGCCUAGCCAAGAUCACAGAUGCCGAUAUCGAAAAGUUCAUGAAAGGCAAGCCGGAGCGAACAGCGGAUGACGUCCUGAAGAAGCUCCCGAUAUGGCUGCGCGACCUCUACGAUGUGUUCCUACCUAAGCUCGCAGACAAACUUCCCCCGCAGCGCUCAUGGGACCAUAAGAUAGAGCUUCUGACUGGAAAAGAACCUCCGUACCAAAAGACACGCCCAAUGAACCCACAGGAACUCAAAGUCAUACGGAAAUGGCUGGAUGAUAACCUGGCUAAAGGGUUCAUACGGGAGUCCCGAGCCCGCUGUGCAGCACCACUACUCCUGGCCGCGAAGCCAGGAGGUGGUGUCCGGAUCUGCCAGGACUACCGCGGUCUUAACAACAUCACCAUCAAGAAUCGCUACCCACUGCCUUUGAUCCGUGAGACUCUAGAUGCCCUAUGCAACGCCAAGGUCUAUACGAAACUAGACAUUAUCGCCGCAUUUAACAAAAUCCGCAUCGCCGAGGGAGAUAUAUGGAAAACAGCCUUUAUCACACGGUUUGGCUUGUUUGAAACAUUGGUUAUGCCGUUCGGCCUCUGCAACGCCCCAGCAACCUUCCAGAACUACAUCAACCAUACCUUAUUCGACCUUCUCGAUAAGUUCUGCACCGCCUACCUUGACGAUAUCUUGAUAUAUUCAACAGAUAAGAAGCAGCAUAGGGAACACGUCCGCGAGGUAGCCACACGACUUCGCGAUGCAGGCCUCCAGAUUGAUAUCGACAAAUGCGAAUUCGAAACAACCAGGACGAAAUACCUUGGGCUGAUCGUUACGCCUGGAGGCGUCGAGAUGGACCCCGACAAGGUCUCUACAAUCCUCAACUGGGAGCCACCAACAGCACUCCGCGACUUACAAAGAUUCCUCGGCUUUGCAAACUUUUAUCGCCGCUUUAUCCGUGACUUCUCCAAGAUCACCCGGCCGUUAAAUGACCUCCUGAAGAAGAGCACAAUCUGGUCCUGGGAGGUAGAACACCAAACUGCCUUUGACCAACUGAAAGCCGCAUUCUCCGUAGCACCGGUUCUAGCCCUAUAUGACUAUAAUAGGAAAACUGUACUUGAAACAGACGCCUCGGACUGGGCGUCUGGAGGAGUCUUGUCCCAGUAUGAUGACGAAGGCGUACUGCGACCUGUAGCCUACUUCUCGUCAAAACACUCGGCCCAGGAAUGCAACUACGAGAUCUACGACAAGGAACUACUGGCGAUCAUUAAGGCUCUGGAAGAAUGGAGGCCUGAGCUUCAAGGGACCCAAGAACCCUUCGAAGUCAUCACGGACCAUAAGAACCUUGAAUAUUUCACAACAACCAAGGCUUUAAACCAACGACAAGUCCGCUGGUCCGAGUUCCUGUCAGGCUUCAACUUCCGUAUUGUUUAUCGACCAGGCACCAAAGCCGUCCGUCCAGAUGCGCUAAGUCGAAAGCCAGAAGACCAACCCAAGCGCGCAGACACAAACGACGACCGCAUUAAGAACCGCCAACGGACCAUUCUGCCAGAACACAUCUUUGACCCAGAGGCCCUGGCUGAACUGACACGAGAAGUCAAUGGGGAAUUCGACCUCGCUGCCGCCCCGAUAGACGUUAUCAUGCCAGCCAUGGACAAACCCAUCGAUGAACUGGUCGAUAGAGCCUACGAAAAUUCAGAGAUGGCCCAAGACAUGCUGACGGCCCUGAGAGACGCAUCAACCCACCGCCGCUGGCCCAAGAAAUGGCGAAAGGAACUUCGCGUAGCAAUGGCAGACUGCUCUGUCAUUGGGAAUCGCAUAUACUACCGCGAAAAGCUCUUCAUACCACCCAACGAUCAGGAACUAAAAACCCAGGUUAUUUACCCCUCUGUCUUUAUCAGCCGGGUCUAUUGCCUCCAUGGCACACCCGACAAUGUCAUCUCCGACCGCGGUUCCCAAUUCAUCUCCGAGUUCUGGCGCCAACUCUCCGACCGCCUAGGAGUUCGACUCCGCCAUUCUUCCGCCUUCCACCCAGAGACAGACGGACAAACGGAACGGAUCAACGCAGGUAUCGAACAAUAUCUGAGAGCAUUGAUGAACUUCCACCAAGACGACUGGGUCGACUGGCUCCCCCUUGCCGAGUUCGCCGCGAACAACGUUACAUCUGAGACCACGGGAGUAUCACCAUUCUUCGCUAACUAUGGGUUUCACCCCAAACUCGGCACUGAACCAACCAAGCCACUGCCGCCAAACCAGUCCGCAGCCCAACGGCGAGAGUUCCUCAAAGCAAACAACAUCGCCGACCGCUUUGAGCGUAUUAUCACCCAACUGAAAGCCCUUGCAACCCAAGCCGCCAGACGCUACGAGGAGAACGCCAACCUCAAUCGAGAAGAUGCUCCUCAGUACGCCGAAGGUCAAGAAGUCUACUCUACCCUCAAACAAAUGGACGAGUCCUAG